AUGGUUAUUCAUAUUGUGGCAGGUGCAAUACCAAGUGAAAUUGGUAAUCUAGAAAACCUUGAGAUGUUCAAUAUUGGUCUCAACUACUUUACGGGUCCAAUUCCAUUUGAGAUAUUUAAUAUCUCAACAAUACAAAGAAUUGCAAUGCCUAAAAAUAACUUUUCAGGCCAUCUUCCACCAAAUAUAGGCUUCUUUGUUCCAAAUCUCGAGAUACUUUUUCUUUGGGGAAAUCAACUAAGUGGAACAAUUACAAGCUCUAUCUCCAAUGCCUCACAACUCGCUAACCUACAAUUGGCCAGCAACUCAUUCUCGGGCUUAAUUCCUAAAGAAAUUUGUAAUUUAAGGCUCCUCCAAGUGCUCGACCUACAAGAUAAUAAUUUGACCAUCGAACCUUCUAAUCCAGAGUUCAACUUUUUCUCUUCUUUGUCAAAUUUAAGAUAUCUAAGACUGUUAGGAUUGUCAAAUAAUCCACUGAAUGACAUCCUUCCCAGUUCCAUUGAAAAUUUCUCUACUUCUCUUCAAGAACUUUACAUAGAUAAUUGCAAUAUUAGAGGCAGCAUUCCUCGAGGUAUUGGCAAUUUAAGGAACUUGAUGAAUUUGUCCCUAGAGAACAAUGAAUUGGCUGGACCUAUUCCAACUACAGUGGGAAGAAUGCACAUGCUCCAAGGUUUGUUCCUUGAUGGCAAUAGACUAGAAGGUCCCAUCCCAUCCUAUCUUUGUCAAUUAAAGAGCUUAUUUAUAAUAGAUAUAAGUGCUAAUAAGCUUUCUGGAGACAUUCCUACAUGCAUGGAUAAUCUUACUUCUCUAAGAUAUCUCUAUUUAGCUGGUAACAAGUUAUCUUCUACAGUUCCCUUGAACCUGUGGAGCCUUACUAAUCUCUUGGUUGUUAGCUUGUCGUCAAAUUAUCUAAGUGGUUCUCUCCCAUUUGAAAUUGGAAAUGUGAAAGUUCUAAUGAAAUUGGAUUUAUCAAGUAAUCUAUUAUCAGGCCAAAUCCCAACAACAAUUGGAGGUCUUAAAGAUCUAGUUAACCUCUCCAUGUCGAACAAUCAAUUAGAAGGCUCAAUUCCUGAAUCAUUUGGUGGACUUGUAAGCUUGGAAUUCUUGGAUCUUUCUAAGAACAAUUUAUCUGGAGAGAUUCCAAAAUCUUUGGAGGCACUGUCAUACCUCAAAUAUCUAAAUGUCUCUUUCAAUAUACUACAAGGAAAAAUUCCUGUAGGAGGACCAUUUGUACACUUCUCCGCUGCAUCAUUUAUGUCAAAUGAUGGACUUUGUGGUGCGCCCCGACUACAAGUUUCCCCUUGUAAAGAAGGUGUUUCUCAACCCAAAAAGGUCGUAGCAGCACAUAUACUUAAGUAUGUAUUACCAACAAUUGGGGUAACAAUGCUUGUAAUCGCUCUUGUAUUAGUAUGGACAAGAUGCCGAAAAAGGAAUGCAAAACUUCCGGUGGAGUCAAACUCGUUACCACUAGCGACAUGGAGAAGAAUUUCCCAACAAGAACUUUUUCAAGCAACACAAGGGUUUAGUGAAGGCAACUUACUUGGUAAAGGAAGCUUUGGAUCUGUAUACCAAGGGACACUCUUAGAUGGAAUGAUUGUUGCAAUAAAAGUUUUCAACUUGGAAGUAGAAGGGGCAUUGAAGAGUUUUGAUGCAGAGUGUGGGGUACUACGCAAUAUUCGUCAUCGAAAUCUUGUCAAAAUCAUUACUACAUGUAGUAACAUGGAAUUCAAAGCUUUUGUAUUGGAAUACAUGCCUAAUGGAAACCUAGAGAAGUGGUUGUAUUCUCAAGGCAGCUAUUUGAGUAUCUUACAAAGACUAAAUAUAAUGAAGGAUGUCGCGUCAGCACUAGAAUAUCUUCAUUAUGGUUAUUCAACACCCAUUAUUCAUUGUGAUUUGAAGCCCAACAAUAUCUUAUUAGAUGAAGAUAUGGUCGCACAUGUUGCUGAUUUUGGCAUCGCCAAGCUGUUAGGUGAUGGCGAUUCUAUGGUGCAAACCAUGACUCUCGCUACUAUUGGGUAUAUGGCACCAGGUGAUGUUUUUCUCCUACAACUAGAAGUAGAAUGUUUGUCAUUCUAUUCAUGCAUACACAAAUAA